CACAAACAGAAAUGACUUGCCUACAAGUUUGAAGAAGUUAGUUGUAGAAAGAAGUUAGUUAUAUACGUAUGUUUCUUUCUUUAAAGAACUAAAUCGUAUUUUUUAAUGAAACUAAAACUUGAAAAAAGGAAACUUGUCUCAGAAGAGGUUACCGAAUAUUUAAAGUUAGGUGAAUAUAACUAGAAGACAGAUGAUUUUUUGUGAAAGUUAGUAUCUCUGACUUAAUAAACCAGCAGGACUCGAUGUGAGUUCAACACACCCAGUUGGCAAACAGGAAGACCUAACAUGUUUGUUUAGCUGUGUGUAUAUAUGCUAACUUGUAGAGUUCAAAAACUUGGACGACAUUCACAGAUGUGACUUCAACGCAAAAUUUUUACUCUGAAAAAGAACAGUUCACGUGCUCAAUAUCUAGAAGCAGUGUUCAGCGUGUGCAGGGAAAUGGGGCAGAAACCAUCACAACAGCUGGCUCCAAAGGACAAAGAGGUUCUCGGCGUCUGCGAGGUGGUCAGUGGAGCUAUCAUCCACGCGGCUCAGAAACUGAAGGCCUAUCUUGGAUUUGAAGACACAGUGAGCAAUCUGUGCCCAGCUCCAAACACUCUCAAUGAGAUCUUCUUAAUCCACUUUGUCACUUUCUGCCAAGAGAAAGGAGCUGACAAGUGGCUCACCACCACCAAGAUGACCACGCACCAAGCCUUCAUGUUCGGGGCAGACUGGGUUUGGACCUUCUGGGGAUCUGAUAAGCAAAUACAGCUCCAGCUGGCCGUGCAGACACUGCAGAUGGCUUCUCUUCCUCCUGUGGAAUCUGACCCCUCCAACCCAGAUUCCAAGGCAGAGGAGUCUUCCAGCAAGAAAAGUAGGUUUGACAAGCUGGAAGAAUUCUGUAACCUGAUAGGAGAGGACUGCGUUGGCCUGUGUAUCAUCUUUGGUGUGCCAGGAAACCCUAAAGACAUCCGAGGAGUUGUCCUGGACAGUGUCAAGAGAGAGACAAUGAAGGGUCGUCUGCCGGGAGGGACAGCUGUGGCGCGAUUCAUCCUGGAAACAGAAGAUUGUAUCUCCAUCAGGGAGCUGCUUGGAAACUGUCUGAGUAAGAAAGACUGGCUGAGAGAGGUGGGCAAGGUUUAUAUUAGCAUCCUCUGAACUGGCCGUGUGAGAUGAGACUGGCCUGUAAGAUAAAAAGGAAACAAAAAUAUUUGCUUCUAAUAAGCAAGUUUAUCCCCUCAUGGGAUUUUUUUCCUCCCCUCCCCCCCACCCCACAUUGAAUGAAAACCACCUCCUGGGUCAAAACAUCCUAGGGUCAUGAUUAUGGACAGAAAAAAAGCCUACCUGUAUUUCAGGGAAAAUGGAAAAAUUUAGCUUAAUCUUUUAUUUAUUAUUCAACAAUAAAAGUGGGAGGAAAGGAUAAUAAAGUCACCCUUCAGGUUCAACUUGAAAACAAAUUGUGUUUGAUAAGAGUAAGUCUAGCAUUUAAAAGUGUAAAAUGGGUUUUGACUGCUGUGGCUGGGAGGUGGGGAGGACAAGGGGGUGCAUAAGACUACAGAAAGGUUUAGUUGUAUUUAUUAAUACAAAAUCAGUUUCAAUUCAGGACACAUAAGCAAACCUGAGCCUGGCUCUCUUCCUCUCUACCCAGGCUCCCACCUCAUCCCAAGCUGCCUGCUCUCUGCAGAGAGGGCCUUGGUGGGAUCCCUUUGGGACUCGUUUGAGUGUUAGCUUUACUUAAGAUUUUAACCCAGAUCACAAUCCCUUGUAAUAAUGAUUAAUAUCUAUUUAGCAUUUGCAGUAAGGAAACUAUAUUCAUAUAUAAAAACUAUCUUUACUUAAAAGCUGGGGUGAAUUAAAACAGCACUCUUUGGAGGGAAAAAUAAUUUUUCCUCUAUGCUUCUAGAGGACAGAAGCAAAAAGAAUGCUUAAAAGUAUGAAGGGAAGCUUGAUUCAUUCACACAUGAUUGUUAAAUUCCUGUUACUUGAAAGGUCCUGUUCUAUGCCUUGCCAGUCCAGCAGUAAAAAGAACAAAGUCCCCACUCUCAGGGAGUUUCCCUGUUAAUGGUGGAAGAUGGACAAUAAAUAAAUACCUGCAUAUAUUUUAAAUGCAUAUUUAAAUAAAUGUCAGGGGUGGUAUAAAGAAAAAGGAGAUAACUAUUUUUUGAGGUGGUUAAGGAAGGCCUCAGAGAGAAGGGGCAAUUUACCAGAAAUGUGAAAGGAGAGAGAUCAUCAGUGCAGGUAUCUGGGAAAGAGUGUUCUAGACAUAGGAAUCUGCAGAUGCCAAGGGCCUGACCUGGGAGUGGAGUUGAUGUGUUCGAGACACAGUAACAGAGGCAGAGUGAGCAGGGAGAAGGCUGACAGGAGACGGUCGGGGAAGGAGCCAGCAAACAGGAGAAGCAGAUCACACUUGUAAGGACUCGAUUUUAUUCUGAGUGCUAUGGGGACAGACAUGCCGUGAUCUGACUUAGACACUAAAACCCUCACUCAGUUGCUGGGUGGAGACUAGACUGUAGGGAGGAAAGAGUAGCAGCAGAGCCCACGGGGCAGCUAGGAAACUUAUAAUACUCAGGUGAGAAAAAGACCUGGGGCUUCCCACAUGGCUCAGUGGUAAAGAAUCCUCCUGCCAAUGCAGGAGGCGUGGGUUCAAUCCCUGGGUCAGGAAGAUGCCCUAGAGAAGGAAAUGGCAACCCACUCCAGUAUUCUUGCCUGGGAAAUCCCAUGGACAGAGGAACCUGGUCGGCUAUAGUCCAUGGGGUCACAAAGAGUUGGACACGACUGAGCAUGCAUGCGUGCUCACACACAGUCACAUACACAUAUGAGAGAAAAGAGUGGCCUCAAGCAAACUGGCCGAAGAGAAGGUGUGAAGAGGUCAGAUUAGGAACAGUUGAUGGUAAAGCAUGCAUCAUUUGCUGAUGAUUGGAUGCAAUAUAUCACAAUUAGAACAUUUAUUUCCAAACUUCUUAAAUAUGACAUUCCUUCAUUCCAGGAAACCAAAAGUUCAAGGAAAAUAUUUUAGCCCUCUGUCUUCAAUAAAUGGGUACAAAUGCCCCUGAAAGGCAUCACUUCAUGUUAUUAAGCAAUAAUGAUUCCUACUUGGAAUGUGCCUGGAAGGUUAUACUCCUCAGUCAAUUUCUGUUUCCUUGUACAGAGUGACCCCUGUCUGCAUCAGUGCUGUGUAGAGCAAGCUAUCAAGGAGGUGGUAUAAUAGAGUAAAAAAGAGUAUGCAGCUUGGAAUCAGAUGUGGGUUUGAGUCUCAGUUCUUUUUAAAAGUAGAGUCUAGAGGUUUAACUCUUUUUUUUUUAUCUGUGAAAGAUGAAUGACUUCAGCUAAUUCAAAAGAGACAAUGCUUGUGACAACACUUCUCUAUUUUAUUGAAGGGUAAGCUUACCAAAAUUUUGAUGUGUGUAGUACAAAUUGUAAGUAUUCAUGUGAUAAAGAGCUGGAAGAUAUAAAUCAAAGACUCACCAUGUUUUUUUUUAAUGAAAAUAAAGAUGUGAAACUUUUACUGAUUUUAAAAAUACUGUAUUCUCAUGUUUUUCUAAAUCAGCAUUUUUGUGUAAAAAUUUAAGUACAGAAGAAUAGAAAGUUACUUCUUCAUGAGUCUUACACUGACCCCUGUACCAGUUUACUGUUUACCAUUCCAGAACUUGUAUUGUGUAUUAAACAUAUUUUACACAAGUGUAAUCAUAUGAUCUACAAAUGCCUUAUAACCUGCAUUUAAAAAAAAAACUUCACUGAAUAUUGUGGACAAUUUUCCAUGUUAAUACGUUUAUAUUCACUUUCUUCUUUUCUGGGCUGACAUCAAUGGUUCUCAACCCUGCGUGCAUAUUAGAGUCACUUGGGAAACAAACCAAA